GCGGGCCCUUUAGUCAACGUCCAAGCCCAUUCGAAAACCGUCCUGAUGGCCCUAGAUUUUCUGGCGUUCUCGGUGGACGCGGCAGCUUCGGUCGUCAGCGACAAAGCAACGAUCCCAUCAUUCUCGGUGGCUGGACCGCUCCCAGCGGCCGUGAUGGAUCCUGGGCUUCUAGGGCGGCCGGCGGCGGUAGCAGCUCAUCUGCACCGCGAACAGACGAGGAACAAUCACGACGGACGCGUGUUCUCCGGGAGACCGCGAGGGCCGGAUGGCCUGACACUGAAGUCCCCGCCUCUUCCACCUCGCCUAGGCGGGACUCCUGGUCUCCCACGAGCCCACCGCCGGGUGCAUCGUCCGCUAGGGAUAGAUCCCCUAUUCGUCCUCGUGCUGGUCGGACGAACUCGUCGAGUUACGUUUCUCAGCGGGGCGAUCGGAACAGGCACAGCUCUGGAGAUGGACGCGAGGACGGCGGACAUGGAGGAGGAGGAGGCCCCAUAAACUGGUUCCGAGAUCGAUUCGGUGGCGGCGGGAACAGUCACAACAGUAGUCAGAGUCGGCGGCGGUCCUAGAGGAGGCAGCCAGCUCCAACACGGACACUUCGAGAGGCGCUGAGACAAGUCGUCUCACCCCUCUCAGCACGACCUUCUUUCUCCCGAUCUACGGCUACGACGUCCAGAUUCUGGCGACAUGUACUACGGAGUGAAACCCAAUCAUAUGAUGAGCUUAUCGCUUCUAUCCUCAGAUCAGGCUCAUAUCCACCAGGAUCCCAGGUGGUGGUUUUGGUGGAACAAGGGUACGAGCCAGAACCUGGGGUCUUGGUUCUAGAGCAGGACCGGUACGUUGUGCAGCUGCCCCGGCAUUGAGAAACGUGAGGUGGUCAAUUUUUAUUCGAGGGGCCCCACUUGCUCAGCACCAGUUCUUCUCUCUCUCACUCUGUAGAGAUGAACACAUUUGGUACCACGGGUACAUCAAAUUACUUGUACAGAUUAGAGGGAGGGGGAAAGGUCAUGUGCAGAAACCCAGCACGCACUGUCUCGAGGUUGGCACAACAUUAGGAAGGGAGCGAGCGAGCAAGUUAUCAUGUUUCGUCAGCAUUUUUCCAUUACUUCUCUUUAAUGGACUCGAUUUGAUUUUGCCCUUUACCCAGGGCACAACACACACCAAAGCACGUUCCAGGGCAGAUACUGCUCAUCAAUCCUGAGGCACGACUCUGGCAUACAGGGACCAGGGUUUUUGGGCAAGAGCCUCGAAAGGGAGUCAUGUCUCCUGGGCAGUGUGGGAAACCGUUUAUCAGCAUAACCUGCUACUCGGACUUGUUCAUUUCUUUCAGGCCUGAUGCCUAGCUUUGGAGACAUGGGAUUAGGGGAGGACAUCUACAUCAGGCCAGUUGAGGUCGCUUGCAACAGGACACUAUGGAGAUGGCUUAUAGACCAGCCCAUGAGGCAAUGAAUGACAUUAGACAGCACAUCUCUUUUUAUGCGAUGAGAGGUGGGGAAUGGGGAAACAACAUGACUCU